AUGGAAGAAGGCUUCGUCAAAGGACAAAGUGAUAAUUUGCCUAAUAUUGAUAUACACAGCAAUGGACUUUUUUUCUUUAAAUCCGUCUUAUAUAUCAACAUUGAGAUGAAAAUUUCACUUCACUAUCUGAUCUGCAAAUACAAAAGUGAAAAAGACGAAUUUAGUGUGAACAACUUUGUAGAAUUUUGCAAGCACAAUAUUACUGAAGAGCAAUGUCUUUCAACAGAAAAAGCGACAAAAGAUCAAUCUACCACUUCUCUUUGGUUUGAACUCCGAUGCGGUAGAAUCACGGCUAGUAUAGCUCAUGAAGCAUCGAAAUGUAAUACUGCGGAUGGUGUACUUGUAGAAAAAAAUUUAGGAGCUAAUCAAUUAAAGAACCGUUUGCUAUACAAAGAGAUUAUUGUAGUUAAUGAUUGUACAUUAUUCUGGAAACAUAUUUUUGAUGCAAUGAUUAAAUAA